CUGUACGCAGACAGUACGCAGUUGUUUGUUAGAAGGAUUAGUUGUUGUUUUCUCCGGAGAAGUUUACACUAAAACCACAAUCAAACUGCUGAUUAAUAAUCAGUGUAAACCGGCAGAGACGGACCUAAACCAGGAGCAGAACCAGAACCACUGAGACCUGGACCAGACGGAGGCUCGGAUCGGACUGUUAGUGUGGAGUUAGCUCUGUUAGCUCUGUUAGCUCAGAUUAGCUUGAUCCUGUGAUGGAGUGUCCCGGAGGAGGGGGGGCGGUGCUAGGCCCUGCUAACGUCCCGGCCUUCCUCACCAAACUGUGGACUCUGGUGGAAGAUCCGGACACCGACCCGCUCAUCUGCUGGAGCCCGAGUGGAACCAGUUUCCAUGUGUUUGAUCAGGGUCGUUUCUCUAAAGAAGUUCUCCCAAAGUUUUUCAAACACAACAACAUGGCCAGCUUCAUCCGGCAGCUCAACAUGUACGGGUUCAGGAAGGUGGUGCACAUCGAGCAGGGGGGGCUGGUGAAGCCUGAGAGAGACGACACAGAGUUCCAGCAUCCCUUUUUCAUCCGAGGACAGGAACACCUGCUGGAGAACAUAAAGCGCAAAGUCACUACUGUGUCGUCGGUGCGUCCGGAGGAAGUGAAGGUUUCUUCAGACGACGUCAACAAGAUCCUGAGUGACGUGCAGCUGAUGAAAGGGAAACAGGAGACCAUCGACUCCAGGAUCAUCGCCAUGAGACAGGAGAACGAGGCUCUGUGGAGAGAGGUGGCCAGCCUGAGGCAGAAACACGUCCAACAGCAGAAAGUCGUCAACAAGCUGAUCCACUUCCUGGUGUCUCUCGUCCAGUCCAACAGGGUCCUGGGAGUCAAGAGGAAAAUUCCUCUGAUGCUGAAUGACUCUAGCUCCGCCCACUCCCUGCCCAAAUACAGUCGGCCGUUCUCAUUGGAGCAGGCUGCAGCCAGUCUGUUCCCAGCUGACCCCCCCCUCACCUCUGGACCAAUCAUCUCAGACCUCACAGAUGUGGCCACGCCCCCAGCCGACAGUGUGCUCAGUGAUUGGUCGGAUUCAGGGGAGAGCCAAUCAGUGGAGGUCAAAGAGGAGCCGUCCAAUCCUGUGGACUCACCUGUGGACACGCCCCUCUCCCCAACCACCUUCAUCAACUCCAUCCUACUGGACCACGAGCAGCCCCCCCUCAACCCCCCCAAUACAGCCGGCCAAUCGCCUACGUCCUCUGCCCCCCCUCCUCGGUGUCAGACGGUCGCCUGCAUCGACAGAUCCCCCCGGCCCCCCCCCUCUGCAGGUGGACUCUCACCUGACGUUUGGCGCCUCGUAUCCACACGACCUGACAAGUGUGAGUUGUCUCACCACGUGGACAGUAUUGACAGCGGUCUCCAGAGUCUCCUGAACUCUCAGGCUCUGAACUUUGACCCGUCUCCGCUGAUGGAGUUCUUCAGCUCGCCCUGCCCCUCGGGAGACUUCGACCUCGACAGUUUGGACACUCUGCUGUCUGACGACGCUCCCAACGGAGGAGAGGAGAGCAUCUACACAGGGAGGCAGCUGGUGCAGUACACAGGGGAAGGGGGCGGGGCCUACCUGCCCUCGCUGCUGGAGCUGGAGGCGGAGCCUUUCUUCAUCUCUGAUCCCCCCACUGAUGACCCCGCCUCCACCCUGCUAAGCCCCGCCCACCUGGACUCUGACCUCUGACCUCACCCGUCACCUUGGCGACAGCUUCUUCUUCUUCUACUGUUUCCCUUUAGAUCCACGGUCCAAUCAGAAACAGGCCUCAACAUGUGACUGGGGUUUUCUGCAUGUUUGUCUUUUGUGUAAAAUAUAUAAACUGAAGAGUCGGAAUAUUUUUUGAGAAGUUUAUCAAAUUAAUCUGUGAUAUAAUAUCAGUGUGUGACGUCAUCAGUGUGUGACGUCAUCAGUGUGUGACGUGUCAGCUGUUUCUCUGCUGUUUCAAACUCUAAUAAACUCUCUUUUAUAAACUCUC